UGAAAAAUGACCUUCUAUCGAUAUUGUAAGCUGCCGCAGCUUCGAAAGCUGUCUUAAGAUUAAAAUGAAUGCAUAAUUGUAGCAGAUACUAGUGCUUUGAUAUUUGUUGUGUUUUCAUUUUGGCUGGUUGGCAACACGCAUAGAAGUAUCGAAAGAUCGUGCCUAAAUGUCUGUUAUCGAUGUGUGAUCUGUUUGCAGCCCUGACUUUGGGUUUGUGAUUCCCGCCAAAACUAAGAUUGCAUUCGGCGUGUGACGGAAAUUGCGCUUGCGAAUCGUUUUGUUAUUCAUUGUUAAAAUAUUGUUUGAAAAUGGCACACGACGCGGAGCAAUACAUAAAAGAUAUACAGCGCGAGUAUGUGGACUUCCUCGACGACGAAGAGGAUCAGGGCAUCUAUGCCGGUCAUGUUAAAGACAUGAUUGCAGAAAAAAGCAAACGUCUGGUCGUCAAUAUCAACGAUUUGAAGCGUAAGAAUCAACAGCGGGCAUUGGGACUACUAAACAACGCAUCCGACGAGCAGCUGGCAUUUGGGCGGGCACUCAAAGAAUAUGUCUCAACUGUGGAUCCCAGCUAUGCCAAACAGCACGAAGACUUCUUUGUUGGCUUCGAGGGCUGCUUUGGCAACCGUCAUGUUACGCCUCGCUCCCUCACCUCCAUUUACUUGGGCAAUCUGGUUUGCGUGGAGGGCAUUGUCACCAAGGUCUCUCUCAUACAUCCAAAGGUUGUGCGCAGCGUUCACUACUGUCCGGCCACGCGUAAAGUGCUCGAGCGUAAAUAUACAGAUCUCACCUCGUUCGAGGCGGUGCCAUCGAGCGCUGUCUACCCCACCAAGGACGAUGAUGGCAAUCUGCUGGAAACCGAAUUCGGCCUGUCCGUCUAUAAGGAUCAUCAAACGUUAACCAUACAGGAGAUGCCAGAAAAGGCGCCGGCUGGCCAACUGCCGCGCUCUGUUGACAUUGUCUGUGAUGAUGAUUUGGUUGAUCGUUGCAAGCCCGGUGAUCGGGUCCAGAUCGUUGGCAACUAUCGCUGCCUGCCGGGCAAACAUGGCGGCUACACCUCGGGCACCUUUCGCACCGUUCUGCUGGCCAACAACAUAUCGCUGCUGAGCAAGGAGAGUAAUCUGGACAUCUCCCGCGAGGACAUUAUGCUCUGCAAGAAGCUGGCCAAGAACAAUGACAUCUUCGAGUUGCUUAGCAAGAGUCUAGCGCCCUCCAUACACGGUCACACGUUUGUCAAGCAGGCCAUUCUGUGCCUGCUGCUCGGCGGCGUUGAGAAGGUCCUGCCAAAUGGCACACGAUUGCGUGGCGACAUCAAUGUUCUGCUCAUUGGUGAUCCUUCGGUGGCCAAGUCGCAGCUGUUACGCUAUGUGCUGAAUACGGCACCGCGUGCCAUACCAACAACCGGACGUGGCUCGAGCGGCGUGGGCUUGACGGCAGCGGUGACCACGGAUCAGGAGACGGGCGAGAGACGUCUGGAAGCUGGCGCUAUGGUGCUCGCCGAUCGUGGAGUGGUUUGCAUCGACGAGUUUGACAAGAUGAGCGACAUCGAUCGCACAGCCAUACACGAGGUGAUGGAACAGGGUCGCGUUACCAUCUCAAAGGCCGGCAUUCAUGCUUCUCUGAAUGCGCGCUGCUCGGUGCUGGCGGCCGCUAACCCGGUCUAUGGACGCUAUGAUCAAUAUAAAACGCCAAUGGAGAACAUUGGAUUGCAGGAUUCGUUGCUCUCGCGUUUCGAUUUGCUGUUCGUCAUGCUGGAUGUUAUUGACAGCGAUGUGGAUCAGAUGAUUUCAGAUCACGUUGUCCGCAUGCAUCGCUAUCGCAAUCCGAAGGAGGCCGACGGCGAACCGCUCACCAUGGGCAGCUCCUAUGCUGAUUCGCUGGCCUUCGUCUCCAAUUCGGAGCAGAAGAAGGAGACGGAGCUGUAUGAGAAAUAUGAUGCACUGUUGCAUGGCAAAUCACGGAAGCGUCAUGAGAAGAUAUUGUCCGUGGAAUUUAUGCGCAAAUACAUUCACAUUGCCAAGUGCAUGAAGCCGAAGCUGACGGAGCAGGCUUGCGAAGCGAUUGCCAAUGAAUAUUCACGUCUGCGCUCCCAGGAGGCUGUCGAAUCGGACGUGGCACGCACACAGCCGAUAACGGCACGUACGCUGGAAACAUUGAUCCGUUUGUCGACGGCGCAUGCGCGCGCUCGCAUGUCCAAGACGGUGACAAUCGAUGAUGCGCAUGCGGCCAUAGAGCUGGUGCAGUACGCCUAUUUCAAGAAGGUGCUGGAGAAGGAUCGCGGCAGCAAGCGUCGUCGCAAUGGCAACGGCUCCUCGGACGAGGAGGAGGAGGACGAGGAUGGAGCAAAUGCAACGACGCGUUCGCCCUCGCGUCGCUCCAAACGCACGCGCACCGAACCGGAUCCAACUGUCGACAGUGACGAAGAGAUUGAAACGCCACAGCCAGAUGCUGGCGAUUUGACGCGUCGCGAAACGCGUCGCUCCUUGCCGUCACGCCAGCACAGUGUAGCCGCUGACACAAACUCUGCUAGCCAGAUCAGCUCGGAGCCUACAACCGCCACGCCCACAGUAACUGCCAGCAUCAGCGAUGAACGUCUGGGCGUGUUCAAGAACGGACUGCAGCGUCUGUUCCGCGAGGCACGCGAACAGAGUCUCCCACUGCAACGCAUCACAAAGGCGAUCAAUGAGAACAAUGCGGAACCCUUCACGGCCGGCGAAGUGGAUGCAGCCAUGCAUCGGAUGACCGAGGACAAUCAGAUAAUGCUCGCCGACGACAUUGUCUUUCUUAUCUAAUACUGAACAAUAUCUUUACAUACAUACAUAUAUAUAUAUAUAUCGAAUCUAAUCCCAUUUCCAACCAUCAUUUGGCUCGUUCUCCUUUCCAGUACGUACAAAUUCUUUAUGUGUAGCGAUUAAG